UUAAACAAAACAUGUCUAUUUGCAUACCUUAGGUUUGCAUGCAUUUGUCUCGAAGUGAGCAACCCUGGGUAACGAGGCGAAAGUAUAUGACGAUUUGCUCAGAAUCUUAUUGUCAGAAAACUGGAGUCUGGGGUAAGGGGUUGUCGACUCAAAGCUGUGUCUCAUUUAGGAAACUGAGGCACAGGUAAAAAGUUCUAAAACCUCACAAUACUGGGAGAAGUUGUGUUCCAGCCUCCCACCUUGCCCCAAAAUGCCAGGGCUCCCUUUCUAAGCCAGGUGAAGUCACAGAGCGUGGACAGAACCCACAACCGUCCAGAGGAAGGGUCACUGGGUGCCACCUGGUUUGCAUCUGUGCCUUUGUCCUGCCCAGUUCCUGAGUUGGACCGCAGGCCCGGAAUGUCAAGGCAAACAGUCCUGCUUCAGCCACUGGGCUCCAAGUCCCACCCCUUUCGGGGGCAUGAAGUUAGGAAGCAUCCGGCAGCUGCCUUCUAUUUAAGCAACUGGCCUCCUUAGAGGCCACUCCUUGGCCAUGCCGGGCGCGGGCGUCUGGCCAGCAUGCUGCUCUGCACAGCUUGCCUGGUUGGCCUGCAGCUUCUCAUUUCCUGCUGCUGGGCCUUUGCCUGCCAUAGCACUGAGCCUUCUCCUGACUUCACCCUCCCCGGGGAUUACCUCCUGGCAGGCCUGUUCCCUCUCCAUUCUGGCUGUCUGCAGGUGAGGCACAGACCCGAAGUGACCCUGUGUGACAGGACUGGUAGCUUCAAUGAGCAUGGCUACCACCUCUUCCAGGCUAUGCGGCUUGGGGUUGAGGAGAUAAACAACUCCACGACACUGCUGCCCAACGUCACCCUGGGGUACCAGCUGUAUGAUGUGUGCUCUGACUCUGCCAAUGUGUACGCCACGCUGAGCGUGCUCUCCCUACCAGGGCCACGCCACAUAGAGCUCCAAGGAGACCUUCUCCGCUAUUCUCCUAAGGUGUUGGCGGUGAUUGGGCCUGACACCACCAACCGUGCUGCCACCACAGCCGCCCUGCUGAGCCCUUUCCUGAUGCCCCUGAUCAGCUAUGGGGCCAGCAGCGAGACGCUCAGCGUGAAGCGGCAGUAUCCCUCUUUCCUGCGCACCAUCCCCAACGACAAGUACCAGGUGGAGACCAUGGUGCUGCUGCUGCAGAGGUUCGGGUGGACCUGGAUCUCUCUGGUUGGCAGCAGUGGCGACUAUGGGCAGCUAGGGGUGCAGGCACUGGAGAAGCAGGCCACUGAUCAGGGGAUCUGCAUUGCUUUCAAGGACAUCGUGCCCUUCUCUGCCCAGGUAGGCGAUCAGAGGAUGCAGCGCCUGAUGCGCCACCUGGCCCAGGCCACGGCCACCGUUGUGGUCGUUUUUUCCAACCGGCUGUUGGCCAGGGUGUUUUUCGAGUCCGUGGUGCUAGCCAACCUGACUGGCAAGGUGUGGGUCGCCUCAGAGGCCUGGGUCCUCUCCAGGCACAUCACUGGGGUGCCCGGGAUCCAGCGCAUUGGGACGGUGCUGGGCGUGGCCAUCCAGAAGAGGACUGUCCCUGGCCUGAAGGCAUUUGAAGAAGCCUAUGCCCGGGCAGACAAGGGAGCCCCUAGGCCUUGCCACAAGAGCUCCUGCUGCAGCAGCAAUCAGGUCUGCAGAGAAUGUGAAGCUUUCACGGCACACACGAUGCCCAAGCUCAAAGGCUUCUCCAUGAGUUCUGCCUACAACGCGUACCGGGCUGUGUAUGCAGUGGCCCAUGGCCUCCACCAGCUCCUGGGCUGUGCCUCUGGAGUUUGUUCCAGGGGCCGAGUCUACCCCUGGCAGCUUUUGGAGCAGAUCCACAAGGUGAAUUUCCUUCUACACAAGGACACUGUGAUGUUUAAUGACAAUGGAGACCCCCUCAGUAGCUAUAACAUAAUUGCCUGGGACUGGAGUGGGCCGAAGUGGACCUUCACAGUCCUCGGUUCCUCCACAUGGUCUCCAGUUCAGCUAGACAUAAAUGAGACUAAAAUCCAGUGGCAUGGAAAGGACAACCAGGUGCCUAAGUCUGUGUGUUCCAGUGACUGUCUUGAAGGGCACCAGCGAGUGGUUACAGGUUUCCAUCCCUGUUGCUUUGAGUGUGUGCCCUGUGGGGCUGGGACCUUCCUUAACAAGAGUGACCUCUACAGAUGCCAGCCUUGUGGGAAAGAAGAGUGGGCACCUGAGGGAAGCCAGACCUGCUUCCCACGCACUGUGGUGUUUUUGGCUUGUCAAGAGCACACCUCUUGGGUGCUGCUGGCAGCUAACACACUGCUGCUGCUGUUGCUGCUUGGGACUGCUGGCCUGUUUGCCUGGCACCUAGACACCCCUGUGGUGAGGUCAGCAGGGGGCCGCCUGUGCUUUCUUAUGCUGGGCUCCCUGGCAGCAGGUAGCGGCAGCCUCUAUGGCUUCUUUGGGGAGCCCACGAGGCCUGCAUGCUUGCUGCGCCAGGCCCUCUUUGCCCUUGGUUUCACCAUCUUCCUGUCCUGCCUGACAGUUCGCUCCUUCCAACUAAUCAUCAUCUUCAAGUUUUCCGCCAAGGCACCUACCUUCUACCGCGUCUGGGUCCAAAACCAUGGUGCUGGCCUGUUUGUGAUGAUCAGCUCAGCGGCUCAGCUGCUUAUCUGUCUAACUUGGCUGGUGGUGUGGACUCCACUGCCCACUAGGGAAUACCAGCGCUUCCCCCAUCUGGUGAUGCUUGAGUGCACAGAGGCCAACUCCCUGGGCUUCAUACUGGCCUUUCUCUACAAUGGCCUUCUCUCCAUCAGUGCCUUUGCCUGCAGCUACCUGGGCAAGGACUUGCCAGAGAACUACAACGAGGCCAAAUGUGUCACCUUCAGCCUGCUCUUCAACUUCAUGUCCUGGAUCGCCUUCUUCACCACGGCUAGUGUCUACGACGGCAAGUAUCUGCCCGCGGUCAACAUGCUGGCUGGGCUGAGCAGCCUGAGCAGCGGCUUCGGCGGGUAUUUUCUGCCCAAGUGCUACGUGAUCCUCUGCCGCCCAGACCUCAACAGCACAGAGCACUUCCAGGCCUCCAUUCAGGACUACACGAGGCACCGCGGCUCCACCUGACCAGUGGGGUCAGCAGGCAUAGCUGGUAGCUUUCUCUGUCCUGAGGGUCGAAGGUCAAGCAGGCCAGGGCUGUUUGGGAGGCCUUUGGGCACCUCAGUCUGGGGUUGGGACGUGUAAGCGCCCGGGAGAGCCCAGACCAGGCUCCGGGCUGCCAAUAAAGAAGUGAAAUGCG